AUGCCAUCACUGUGGAAAAAAGUUUUCACACAAAAAGAUACUUUAAUAUCACACAUAAGGACACACACAGGGGAAAAACCAUUUACAUGUAAAUAUUGUGGAAAGAAUUUCAGUGAUAAAAGUCAUUUAAAACGUCAUAUACGAACACACACAGGGGAGAAACCAUACUCAUGUAAACACUGUGGAAACAAAUUCUCUGAAUUAAGAAGUUUAAAAUGUCAUAUAAGAACACACACUGGAGAAAAACCAUAUUCAUGUGAACAUUGUGGAAAGAAUUUCAGCCAAAAAAGUAUAUUAGUAUCACACAUAAGGACACACACAGGGGAGAAACCGUAUUCAUGUAAAUAUUGUGGAAAAAUGUUCAAUCAAAAAAGUGCAAUAAAACGUCAUAUAAGGAUACACACUGGAGAAAAGCCGUUCUCAUGUGAACACUGUGGAAAAAAAUUCAGUCAUAAAAAUCAUUUAGUAACACAUAUACGAACACACACAGGAGAGAAACCGUAUUCAUGUGAACACUGUGGAAAGAAUUUCAAUGUUAAAAGUUAUUUAGUAACACAUAUACGAACACACACAGGGGAGAAACCGUAUUCAUGUAAAUAUUGUGGAAAUAAUUUCAGUAAUAAAAGUCAUUUAGUAUCACACAUAAGGACACACACAGGGGAGAAACCACACUCAUGCAAACAUUGUAGAAAGAAGUUUAUUACCAAAAGUGCUUUAGGACGUCAUGUUAGGAUACACACCGGAGAAAAACCAUAUUCGUGUGAAAAUUGUGGAAGUAGUUUCAGACAAAAAAACGAUUUAAAACGUCAUUUAAGGACACACACAGGAGAAAAACGGUAUUCAUGCAAACACUGUGGAAACAAAUUCUCUCAAUUAAUACAUUUAAAAUGUCAUGUAAGGAUACACACAGGGGAAAAACCAUAUUCGUGCGAACAUUGUGGAAAUAGUUUCAGACAAAAAAACAAUUUAAAACGUCAUUUAAGAACACACACAGGUGAAAAACUAUACUCAUGUGAACAUUGUGGAACUAAUUUCGCACGUAAAAGUACUUUAGUAUCACACAAAAGGACACACACAGGAAAAAAACCGUUCUCAUGUGGUAUUAAAGUACAGGUUAGUGUUGAUAGAGGACAUCAAGUACAGGUCACUUGA